CCCAAGGUCUGGCCCAGCCCGUCAGGUCCCCACCAGCCCGCGCGGCCGACUCCCGUGCUGCCUCGAGGGCCUACCAGCCAUGGCUGCGGCGAUGAGGAGGGCCGCCCCCACGGGCCGCCAGCUCGCGCCCCGGCUGGCGCUCGGCGUCGCGCUGGCCGCGCUGGCCUCGCGGCUCGCCACCCCGGCUGCCCCCAGCGCCUUCGUGGGCACGGCGCUCCAGGAGGUUGGCAGCCGUUCGAGCUCGACGGUCGCGAUGCGCUCUGGGUCGGCGUCGGCGUUCUUCAACAACGACCGCAUCAAGUUACAGCGUAAGGAGCGCAUGCACAAGGAGGCGCUGUUCCGAAUUGCAGAGUCGAAGCCGAGGAGCGAGCGGUUCCACAAGCCCAUGAACUGGGACAAGCUGCCCCCGACUGACGACGUCUAUGCCCGCAAGUUCUCCGGGAACGCGGAUACGGACGCCAUCGGUGGGCGAAAGCGGUACACCCUCUACGUCCUGUACAAGUACGACCCUAGUGCGCCCGGUCAGCAGGCGUUCAAGGAGUCGAGGGAACGUUUCGCGAAGUUCUUGAAGUUCAAGAUGUCAUGCUUCAACGUCCUGGGCACGCAGACCAAGAGCCCCAUCGACGGGGCCAACAGGAUCAAGCUCGAAUACCCCAUGAAGGAGUACGGCGACAAGGUUCGCCAGGGCGGUUCGUUGAAGGCCAAGGCCAUCUAUGACACCGCCAUCAUGAUGACCUGGAACUUCGCCGCUCCCCCCUCGGCCAUCUCGUACAUCAAGCAGGAGAUCUACAGCGACAACACUGUCCUCAGGCACAUGAUCAUAAAGAACACCAGGAACUUCAAUCACAUCGGCGAGGACAACGAGGGGCACCUGUGAGCUACGCCAGUGCUCCUGUCGCCAGCCACUGACGCACACCUCCGCAACUCCUGCUCUCUUCUUGUAUGUUCUAGCCCACUCUCGUCUAGCCUAGACGUGCCUGGCCAGGCCUGUGCCUUGGUCCAGCCUCACCCGGCCCAAUUUUGCCAGGUCUAGUCUGGUCGAUCCGAGUCUAGCUUAGCG